AUGCGCCGAUCGCGACGUCUCUCCUACCGGUUGGGCGUUUUGGCUACGUCGAGUACAGUAGUACUGUACAUCUGUACAUGGCGGCGUGGUGCUGCGAGGUCGUGUCCGCCUGCGUGGCGAGGCCCGGUGGAGAUUGGGAUGAGGGCCGUGAGGUGCGUGCUUGGCUAUUUUGGUUCGAUCCGUCGCUGCCCUUCUCGUUGGCGUUGCCUCGUUGGGCGCCGGGCUUCCCGCAAUGAUCAAAGAACGGGUACGAAUAAGGACCUCCUGGUCCCGCCGUCUCCAUGGAUGGAUAUUGCACGUCCUCCAUCGACUUCCUCCCUCGGUGCGUUCGCCCCCUCCCUCCCUUACCGCCUGUAG